UGAAGUGGGGGAAAUAGAGGAGUAAAUCAUUUCACGAUGUGUGGUUAAAUGCUACAGCUCAGGUAACCACGAGCACACAGAGAAAGGGCAGUUUCUAGAAACAGGGCGGAGAGGAGACCGUGAGUGGGCAUUUCCCAGAGCAGUCUCUGCCAGCCACCCUGCUGUGAUCACUUUGCCACAGAGCAGCCCCGGCGGUCAACCUCAGCCUCCCUGAGCAACCUGAGCGCCCCGCCCAGGUGCCUUACUAUUGGUCUCGUGGAGCGGGAUGGGCAGCUCUGCCGUGCAAUCCCAGCUCGCAGCCCUUGCUCCGCGUGUACUCACGGGAGGACUCGCAGACGUUACUGCCCUCUUGCGUGCCCCGGCCACCCCCGGGCAGCUUGUAGCCGGUGCGCGGGGUGGCUGGGGCUAGGUGCAGAGCUGUCGCGGAGCCGGAGCAGCAGCGGUGAAGCCCCUCGGCUCGGCCGAGACCGCCGUGCCCAUCGCUCGCCUCGGUUGCCGCCGCGUUAGCCGCAGCCGCUGCUGCCGCCGCGGGGGGAGAGGCAGCCUAUUGUCUUUCUUCGCGGCGAAGGUGAGGAGCUGUCUCGGCUGGGCCCGCGGGGGAGCCCCGGGAGCCGCACGGAGAUGGAGGAGGACAUCUGGACAGUGAGCAGGAGGCGCCUCGGCCCAUGCCGAACAUCCCAGGGGACCUGGAGAGCCGGGAGGCCAUGGUGGCAUUUUUCAACUCCGCUGGAGCCAGUGCCCAGGAGGAACAAAGGGUGUGCUGCCAGCCCCUGGCUCACCCAGUGGCCUCGUCCCAGAAAAAGCCAGAGGUAGCGGCCCCAGCCCCAGAUGGGGGUGAGUCUGUGUUUGGGGAGACCCACCGGGCCCUGCAGGGGGCCAUGGAGAAGCUGCAGGAAAGUACAUCAGCCAGGGGGCAGUGUCAGAGACGCAGCACUGGGAGAGGAGGACAUCGUCAGGCUGGCCCAGGACCAGGAGGAGAUGAAGGUGAACCUGCUGGAGCUGCAGGGCAGGUGUUGCAGUUUGUGGGCGACCACAAGGAGGGGCAUGGCAAAUUCUGACCAUUGCCCAGAACCCUGCUGAUGAGCCCACUCUAGGAGCCCCAAUAGCCCAGGAGCUUGGGUGUGCUGACAAGCAGGGUGGCUUUUAUCCUAGAUCACCACUGGAUUGCUGACAGAUAGAGGAGGUGGGACCCUGACUAUCACCCCUAAUCUGCAGUGGAUUUGGCUCUCGGCACUCCCAGGCUGGGAGCUGGAUACCUGCCCUGGCAGCAUGGCUCAGACAGCAUGACAGGUACGGCGUGCCCAGGAUGAUGUGCCCAGGCCUCUGGCCGCCUGAGUCCAGCCCCCCACACAACCCCCUCCAAGCUCCCAGCCCCUACACCAUAAACCAUGAGCUCUGUGCCCUCUCUGAUGGUUCCACAUCUGCCACCUUGGGCAUGGAGCCUGUUGUAAGAGCCCCCAGGCUCAGCCAUGGAGACCUUGAGCAGUGGCACUGAGUCCUGUGGCUGGCAGCGAGGGAAGUGAGACAGCCAGCAGCACAAGGACAGAAAGAGGAAAGAGCAAGUCUGCAGCUCUAGAAGGGAGGGGCAGGCAGCCUGGCUCUGAGGCUCCAGGUAUGCCCCCUGUGUGGAGCUGGGGCAGCAGGGCAGGCAGACCAUUCAUGCAGCAGGCAGUGAGGCAUGUACCUACCAUGGCUGAUGCUCCUCAGGGGCCAUUGAUAGUGAUUCUGAAAGACAGCAUCAAAUCACAUGGCAGGUCACAUGCAUGGGUGGGGCAGGCCUGGGGGUGGCGGACACACGCACACGCCAGAUUGUGCACACACAUGCUGUGAGGCCCCACAGCCCGCAUGCACACUCUUAACACAUGCCCACAAACAACACGCAUACGUCGCCCUCCCCGCCACCUCCCAAUGCCCAGCACUCCCACCGGCCAGCACGUGCCGCAUGGAUCUGGGGCGUGCAGCCACUCGGCACACUGAAGUACAUGCGUGGGCAGAGUCACAACACAGAUGCUCACCCGCACACAGAGGCAUUUGCACCAGCUCCCUGCACACUCGUGCCUGGCGUGCUCAGAGGACCACCCAUGCUGCUCAGGGAGACAGGGCUUGCUCACUAAUGUCCAGCUGUCAUUUCUCCACCUAAGAGCCUUCCAUGACUCCCUACUGCCUACAGCGUUGAAUCCCACAAGUCAUACUCUUUGGACUUUGAAGGUUCUCCACCCUGUGCCCCACCCUCCCCACAGAGCUCUUCCUCAUUCUGUCCCUGUUCCCUGCUUUGGCCAGUGGCUAUCCUCAAUGUGACCCACACUACACCUCUGCCCACACUGCAGCUCUUUACCCAGUUACCCUCCAGUUGCUCGCCACAUAUGCCUAUCUCAGUCAUGCCCCGGACUGCAUUGAAGCCAGGCUGCCUUGAAGAAGCUCUCCCAGACAGCCCUUUUCCCCAAGGCAGGGUCAUGAUUUGCAAAAGGUUUCAUGUGUGUGUUAGCAAGACUGGAGUCAGAGCAGGCAUCAAACUUUACAUCCCAUAUGUCACACCUCACCAUAGACCUGGGUGCCAAAUAGCCUGAAGAGUCUGAACUCACGUUGGCAGUUAGGAAAGUGCUCCUACAGCCGCAUCUGCGGUUAACAUAGCAUCCCUAUGGCCACUGUCUCCCUUGAUCCCCACAGCCAUCCUAGGAGAAAGGCAGAAUGUCAUAAUUUGCUAAAAGGGAUGCUGAGGCUCUGGGAGGGAAAGGGACUUGCCUAAAGCCCCAGGGUGAAGCAGCAUCUCUGGACUCCCAGUCCAGUGAUCUUGCCCAAUACUUUGCUGCUUGCCUAUACCCCUCUAACUUGGUCAACAGCACAUCACAGGGCAAGCCCCAAUCCCUGCUUCAUUUUUAUAUAUGGGCGCUGGUCCCACAGCCCCACUCUCCAGCCAUUUGGAAACAAAAACAGAUGCUAUUGUUCUUCGUUAGAGAACGUGGCCAGUGGAGACAGGGCACACUGGAAAUCAGAGUGAAUGUUCUUGAAAGAGGGUCAUGGGUCAACAAGGCCCAGCCAAAGGAUGCAGUAGAACCAUUUUCCUUAGAAAUCUUUGGGAGUGAAGUAGGCUUCAGCCACUCCCAUCCCUGCCCUUGCAGCUACCACUACCCCAUUAGUUUAGACAGGGUCGGGCGGGGAGGAGUGUGGAGAAGAAAUGAGCUUGCCUGUGGCCCCCAGGCUCCUUCUAUCCUAGCUCAGGUCUGGGUGCCAUUCUUACACUCGUGUGCUCGCUCACGCACACAUCACACACCUUGCUGGUCACACAGUCACAGACUCACCUCUGCUCCUGUGGUCCAGUGGCCGGACACCCCCUGGGAUGGCUCAAAGGAGUCAGGACUUGGAAGUGGGGACAUCAGGGUAGCUGAAGGAAAUCCACACACCCAGAGCAUCUCGGAGUUCAGACUCUCAGACCUGCAGUAGGCGCCCCCGGGACUGGGCUAGGAGUUGGACGGAAUGGAGGAUGGAGGACAGCGAGAAGAAAGGAAGAGAAAUGCAAAGUGUGGGCAGCCGCCAAGAGUGAAAAUAGAGGGAAGUGUCAUGCAAGUGCUGGACAGAAGGCGGCAGGUGGGACGAGCCCCACAGCCCCCUCCUCAAAAACGACCACCUCCAGGACUCAGUGCUCCCUGGGGGGCAGGCUCUGCCAGCCCUCGGCCACACGUGGCUCCGGCACCCAUGGUCCCAGUGCCUUGGAUGGAGACGGCCAGUUCUGGCGGCCAGAUGUGGGGCUCUGGAAUCCAGUCCCAUUUCCUUCCUGGCGACACCUGUCCAGCGGCCUCUUCGGCCGCAUUCAGCCCCUACUUACCUGGGGACCCCGGCUGGGGCACGAGAGCACCAGGGGGGUAGGGCCCAAAGGGAUCAGGGGAAGCCUCUGGCCUGGAGGGUACAGGGCACGCUUCCCCAAGGGCGGACCUGGCAGGAGGAAGCCCAGGAGCUGGGCCCUGCCACCCAGGCCGGGCUAGGGACAUGGCAGGGCCUGGGCAUCCUGGGGCUGGACUUGGGCGACCUGGGAGGCACAGGGGAGAGAUGGGCGGCCCCGCCCCAGCGCAGUGCCGGCCACACCCAUGCACCGAAGCUCCUCCCUGCCACACCCCAAGGCGGUUGCCGGAGCUUAAGCCCCACCCCCAGUGGCGAGAACAUCCCAGCUCCACCCCGCCCCGCAGCCAGUGCUCCUUGUCAAGCUCCCCCCGUCACUCCAGGUGGGAGCCACCCCGGUGAGGGGGGUGUGCCACUUGCCCCCAGGGCACUCCUCUGGGCAUCCCGGGUGGGGGAUUUUGGGGCCAUGGGGGGCAGUCUCUGGUACCUGUGUUCGUCAGGGAUGCUCUGCACCUGCAACCAGGUGUCGUCCACGGGCGGGGGCAUGGGCAUGGUGACAGUGGUCCUGUUGAUGUCACUGAUGAUGCUGAGCGCCUCCUUCAGCGCGUGGUGCGUGUGCAGCAUCUCGUCGUGCUGCUGUGCCUGCUCUGCCAACUCCUCCAUCAGUGUGUUCUGGUUCCCACACGAGUACAUAUUGGCCAGUGGCUCCGAGAUGAUGAACUCCGGGGUCUGAGAGUGGGCAAACAGGGAAGAAGGUUGGGACCUGGUGCCUGUGCCGCCCUGGCUGCCUUGCUGGGCCCUUCUGGGACUGUGCGCUGGACUUGGAGCCCCUUGGAGUAUGGCUUUUCACACGGGCUUCUAUAUCGCUUCGACUGGAAGAUCCACCUCCCCACUGCCUUUUCUCACUCAGAUGGGGACACCGAGGUCUAGAGGAAAAGACACCUGUCAAAUGUCACAGAUCUGGGAGGGGACUUAAGACCUAUCAUGCCAAGAGGA